AUGACAGACUAUGUAGAAUGGAGAAAACAAAAAAAUUUAGAUAUUGAAAAAGUUAUGGAAAUUCUCAAAACCAUUGAUAACCCAAAAUUUGAAGAUUUUGAAUUUUUAUCAACAAAAGAUGAAGUAAAAAUACCAACCUUUGAAAUCGUUAAAACACUUGUACUUGGCGCAAUUGGUUGUAUUCCAACAUAUGGCGCUUUUAUUUCAAAUGCUAUUUCAUGUGUAUUUUUGGAAUAUACCAGUAAAGGAAAUGAUACAAAGAAUGAAUUUUGGAAAGAUUUUUCAGUAAAAAUCGAAGAAUUGGCAAUAGAUUAUAGAGUAUCAGAUUUCUUAUCUGAGGUAUUUGGUAUUGAUACUCAUUUAAAAAAGUUUUUAUAUGCAAAAUUAGCAUUUAAAACUGAUCCAAUAGGAGAGGCUGCCUAUUGUCUUCAAGAGUACAACGAUGUUGAAGAUAGAAUAAGAGAUUAUUUAAAUAAAUUAAUGAAUAAUAAUGAUACACGUUUUAAAACGAUUGGUAUUUUUGGUUUAAUGGCAACUAUUCAUUUAAUAAUUUUAAAUGAAGGUAUAAAAUAUGGUAGUAAAUGGGGAAUGAGAGAAUUUUAUAAAAAUGAAAUAACAAAAUGUUAUAAUGAUUCAAUACCUAGAUAUAUUGAACAUUGUACUACAAGUUACAAAGAAGGUGUAGCAAGAAUCAAAGAUAUCGAUUAUAUGGAUAGUGCAGAGAAAUUUAAAGCAUAUAAUGAUUAUAGAAAUUUUUGUGCAACAAGGGUAUUUGAUUUUAUAAAUGGUUGGAUUGGAUUGGAUGAAAACAAGUUCCCAGAUUCAAUCAAUUUAGAAAAUGUUAGAUAUUUAUGGAAUGGACCAUACGGUAUUCCAGUUGAUAAUAGUAAAUCAGUCCCAAAUUAUAUAGACUAUCAAGAAGAACCAUAUUUUGAUCCAUCAUUUGCAAAGAUUAAUGAUAAUUAUAUGGCAUUGGAAUAUGAUUUGGUAAAUCUUAGGGUAAAGUCAUGUGAAUUCAAUGUCGAUUCUUUUUGGAUAUAUAAUCAUCGAGAAAUCUUAGAGAAUGGAGAAGGUCCAAUAAAAGGUUCUAUGCAAGCCCCUUUUUUUAAUAGUAAAAAGAUAAAUUUCAACAUUUCAAAGGCAGAAGCAAGCUCAAUUGUUAUUGAAAGUGAUGUUCAACCAAGAUUAAUAAAUGUUAAAGGAACUCCAGAGCCUGAAAUUCAUUUGGGCGUAUCAUUGGGUGCUUUUAUUGUAAUGGUUGACGGUUCUUUUCCUACACCAACACCAAGACCAGUUCAAGUUGUAGAGUCUUCAAGAGUGGAAUUAAGAUUCGAAAACCACAAGGUUGCAAGGAUUGGAGUACACGAUGCAAAUAAAUUUAGUAAGUUUGCCCAACUUGCAUUUACUGAUGGUAUUAUUGAUUCUAUAUUUGUAGGUUUCCUCCCACUUGAAAUAACACCAAAAAAUUAUGUAUUUCCAAAAAGAGCUGCGGUGAUCAAUGUUCAGAAAGCCAGAUUUAUAGAUGAUUCUAAAUUCGCCAAAGAUCAUGUAGCACCAACAAUACAUUCAAUUAAAGUAGCAAAUGAUGGACAAGCUAUAUUUGAUAUUGAAUUAUUACCAAAUAAUACUGUUCGUAAAUAUUCAUUUGGCAUUAGAUACCACUGUACACAAGAUUCUGAGGUCAUCCUAUUUGAUGGUCCUGAAGAAGAUGGUAAUUAUUUGCCUCUAGAAAAAUGUAGCACAUCAGGUUAUAAUCAAUAUAAAAUCAAAUUAUUCCCAAACAAAUUUAUUAUUUUUGAACCAAACUCAAAUUCUACUUACGUUACUAUUCAAGCAAAAUCUCAAACUUUAUAUAUUGAAUCAAUCAUUUUAUUACCAAAACAAUAG